UUCCUUUGUUUUCUUUUUGCUUUAGCUCUGUGUAUGGCUGGCUUAGACUUGGGCUCAGCUUCUCGCUUUGUUCAACAGCUUCAUCAACGCCCUGACCUUCACCUGCAAGGGCCAUCCGACGAUGAUGACAACGACCAGAACCAAGAUAAUAGCGUCCCACAAGAGCUUGAGCUGGGUAACCCUAACCCAGGUCCAGGCGAUGUCGUCGUGGGCCGCCGGGCUAGGGGUCGGCCCGCGGGUUCAAAGAACAAGCCUAAACCACCAGUGAUCAUCACCAGGGAGAGCGCCAACACUCUCCGAGCUCAUAUCUUGGAAGUAAGCAGUGGCUCCGACGUGUUUGAGUCCGUGGCCAUGUAUGCACGGAAGCGUCAGCGUGGGAUCUGUGUGUUGAGCGGUAGCGGCACCGUCUCCAACGUCUGCUUGCGGCAGCCUUCGGCAGCUGGUGCAGUCGUCAAACUGCACGGCCGGUUCGAGAUAUUGUCUCUGUCGGGCUCUUUUCUUCCUCCGCCGGCGCCGCCCGGUGCGACGAACCUGACCAUAUUUUUGGCAGGCGGGCAGGGACAGGUAGUAGGAGGGAACGUUGUGGGAGCUCUGAUUGCAGCCGGGCCAAUCAUCGUUAUCGCCUCGUCGUUCACUAACGUGGCGUAUGAGAGACUGCCCUUGGAUGAGGAACAGGAACCAUUGCAGCUGCAACAACCAGUCUCACAGUCAUCCGGUGGUGGCAGCGGUGGAGGCGGUGGCGGAGUGAGCAACCCAUUUUCGGACCCGUCUUCGGGGCUUCCUUUCUUCAAUCUGCCGCUCAAUAUGGCGAAUGGUCAGUUACCGGUUGAUGGUUGGGCUGGGAACUCAGGUGGCAGGACGCCUUUUUAAUUGACCUUUUGUGGUCAGAAAUUAAGGUUAGGGCACAUCUCAGCUUAGACUUGAUCAAUAUCUGCGUACGCCCUUAAUUCCUUUCUUGUUUAAUUACGUUUGCCAGUGUUGUAAACUUAAUUUGUUCUCUGAAUUCUGAGAUUCUUCUGAGGUAGUACUACUACUUGAUCUGUAUGAAAUUCCGCCUCCUUUACUUAACUAGCUAGCUAGUAAUUCAGUCAGUAGUUUGAACAUAUCAUGUCUCGAUCAUAUGGAGGAGUGCUAAUUAGAAUGAUCAA